AUGGCAGUUCAAAUUGUUAAGCCUCGGAUACGCGGGUUUAUCUGUACCAAUGCCCAUCCGGCUGGAUGUCAAGCGAAUGUCCUAAACCAGAUAGGUGAGAUUAAGCAGGGCAUCCCCUACAAAAAGACAGAUAUGAAUGCCCUUGUCAUCGGCGCGUCAACAGGUUAUGGGCUUGCUUCUCGUAUUGCUUUGACUUGGGCUUACGGUGCGAAAACGCUUGGACUUCUUUAUGAGCGACCCGCCGAUGCCAGACGGACCGCGACAGCGGGGUACUAUAAUACCGUCGCCUUUCAUCAGCAGGCAGCGGCGGAUGGGUUUUUCGCGGACAGUCUCAACGGAGAUGCGUUUUCGGAUGAGAUGAAGGCAGAAGCUAUUACCCGACUUAAAUCGAACUUCGGGAAAAUAGAUAUCCUCGUCUAUAGCAUCGCCGCACCACGACGAAUACAUCCGACCACUGGCGUCUCACAUCAAUCCGAGUUAAAACCGAUCGGCGCGCCGUAUACGGGGAAGACGGUUGACCUGAAUCGUGAAGUUAUCGCACCUGUGACGAUUGAGCCAGCGAAUGAACAGGAGAUCACCGAUACGAUCGCGGUGAUGGGUGGUGAAGACUUAGAGAUGUGGAUUGAUGCGUUGGCAGACGCAGAGCUGCUCGCGCCGGAGGUAACGGUUGUUGCCUAUACCUAUAUCGGAAGUUCCUUGACGUGGUCCAUUUAUCGAGAUGGGACUAUCGGUAGAGCGAAGGACGAUCUCAAGGCGCGUGUGGAUGCGCUUGACGAACGACUCGCAGAUCAACUCGGCGGAAAUGCCUAUAUCUCGGUGAACAAAGCCGUCGUUACACAAGCGUCUGCGGCAAUUCCUGUCGUACCGCUCUAUGUCAGCAUCCUCUAUGACGUUAUGAACGCCAAGGGCAUCAAUGAGGCACCGAUUGGGCAGAUGCGACGACUUUUCUCGGAGCAUCUCGGACCUGGUCUCCAACCGCAACUGGACAGUGAUCGCUACAUUCGUCUUGAUGACCGUGAGUUACAGCCAGAGGUAACCGACGCAGUGACCGAGCGUUGGGAGCGGAUUGAUACCGACAAUUUCCAUGAACUCUCCAAUUACGCAGGCUUCAGGCGAAACUUCCGAAACCUGUUCGGGUUUGAGGUUGAAGGCGUGGACUACGAUGAAGCGGUAGAGACGGAGUUGGUGUUCUAA